AUGUUUCUUCUCCUCCUCUACGCCAAGCACUGCAAGCGUGGCAGCUUCAUCGUCAUCGAAGGAACCACCGACUUCGGACCUCCCAGCGGAGCGGGUCUCCGUAAAAACUCCGGAAUCGACUGGGCAGUCGUCGAGGAGUGCGUCGACAAGUGGCUCGACGCCCACUCCACCUGCGCUCUCUACCGCUACCGGGUCGACUCAGAAGACAUCCUCCUAAUAGAAGACGCUAGAAUCUUGCACUACCAGAACAGCCAGCCCCAGACUCCCCACCAAAACGACGUCGUCAUCAACAUCGAAACUGACCUGGGAAUCCGCCGCGUCUCGGGGCGCCACUCCUCCGCCUUGGAGCAACGACCCGGCUCCUCCUCUCACGACAAUACGUCGUCAUUCCGGAGGUCCCUCUAUAGCUGGACCUGGUUCCAGAAAAAAAACCGAACCCAUGCUCGCCGCCGGAAGCCAAGAACGUCCGAGAAAAGACGACCUCCUUUUAAGCCACGACAAAACAAGUGGCGGCGGUGA